GAUGGCGGCCGCUCCGGCAACAAGGGUCGCGGCAAGACGGCCAGCAUCCGCUGCUCCAACUGCUCGCGCAUGUGUCCCAAGGACAAGGCCAUCAAGCGGUUCACGGUGCGCAACAUCGUCGAGUCCGCGGCCGUCCGUGACCUGAGCGACGCCUCGGUGUACGCUGAGUACGCGCUGCCCAAGCUGUACCUCAAGAUCCACUACUGCAUCUCGUGCGCCAUCCACGCCCACAUUGUGCGCGUGCGCUCGCGCGAGGGCCGCCGCAACCGCGACCCGCCCGUGCGCGUGCGCUACAACAAGGACGGCAAGAAGAUCAACCCGGCCGUCGCGCAGGCCCAGGCUGCC